AUGAUUGCAAGAAAUAUUAUUAUAAUACCGAAACAUAUCAAGCACAAUAACAAGUCAAAUUCCGAAGAGAUGGUGUUCCGAAAAUUAAACGAUGAUGAAGCGUUUAAUAAUGUAAAUGCAAUGAAUAUUAUUUUGGAGGAGUAUUAUUUGGACUAUUUCAUGAUGCCUUCUACUUUUUACGACGAGUGUUGCAAUAUUGGAUUUUGUUUUAUUGAUGACGACCAUUUGAAAUUUCAAACUCCUUAUUGUUGGAAGUACAUUUAUAGAGGUUUAAAUUCUAUUCGAAAAAUCACUGAGAGUUCAACACAUCAAUCCCAAGAAGAAAUGAAACUUCUUUUGCAUUUAUUUGGGUGCCCCAACCCUCAAACUCUGAAACGCAUUGGAAACAAAUUAUUUAAACUUUUAUUCGAAAACUCUCAACAUGUCAGCAAAGAUUCGAAAUUAAGGGAACGCAAUUUCGAAGAAAUUCCAUUCUCGUUAAAAUUCGAAAAAGUUAUUGAAGAAACAAGUUAUCAAAUUUUCAAAUAUUUCACUCCAGACGGAAAGCGCUUGUUUUGGAAUACUAGAGCAGCGGCGACAAUUUUUCAACAAUUGUGGCAUCAUGGAAUUCCAUUGCAAGAGGAGUCUGUUUCCCUUCUAGAAGAGUCUCCUCAACACUCACCUUCAUUACUUCAAAUUAUCAGAUUGUUACUGGACCUUUUCGUAAUACCAUACGAUCGUGGAGUAGAAACGAACACAGAGAGUGAUGACAUGGUGGAAGAGACGCAACAUAAUGACACCCUUAUUUUGAAAGUUCUCAAUCCAAUCGAACUUACCAUCAUCUGCAAAGCCUUUCUUAAAAUACAUCAGCUCAUUUCAAUUCUAUUGAUACGAUAG